GGCCUCGGGAGCCCCAGGGCGGCCGGGCCCGGAUCCCGGGGGAGCCUCGCGAGCCCGGGCCGGAGCCUCGGCGUGUGCAUCCCCGGCAGGGCCCGGGCUGCAGGAGCACAGAGCAGCCGGGCCUCGCGGAGCUCAGAGCGCGCCUGACCCGGGGCGCACCGUGGGACUCGGGCGCGGGGCUGGCGGAGAGCUGCCCCGCGGGGCUCACAGCAGCGGAGUGGCCUACAGGGGCCCUCCCCCGGAGGGGCCGGGCCGGGCCGGGGAGAUGAACGGUUUCAGCACCGAGGAGGACAGCCGCGAAGGGCCCCCUGCCGCCCCCGCCGCCGCCCCGGGCUACGGCCAGAGCUGCUGCCUCAUCGCGGACGGCGAGCGCUGCGUCCGGCCCGCGGGCAACGCCUCCUUCAGCAAGAGGGUGCAGAAGAGCAUCUCGCAGAAGAAACUCAAGCUGGACAUCGACAAGAGCGUAAGGCACCUGUACAUCUGCGACUUCCAUAAAAAUUUCAUCCAGAGCGUCCGAAAUAAACGGAAGAGGAAGACAAGUGAUGAUGGCGGAGAUUCCCCUGAGCAUGAUGCUGACAUUCCUGAGGUUGAUCUGUUCCAGCUGCAGGUGAACACUCUCCGACGCUACAAACGGCACUACAAGCUGCAGACCAGACCCGGCUUCAACAAGGCCCAGCUAGCAGAAACUGUGAGCCGACACUUCAGGAACAUCCCAGUGAAUGAGAAAGAGACGCUCGCCUACUUCAUCUACAUGGUGAAGAGUAACAGGAGCAGACUGGACCAGAAAUCGGAGGGCAGCAAGCAGCUGGAGUGAGGCACCGGCGGCCGGAGGAGGAGGAGGCCUUGGUGAGAGGACAGCAGUGAGAUGCUUGGAGACAGGUGGUGUCUGCACAUCUCAGCCCAUAAGGACUGUUCACGUCUACUGUAAAUAAAGUUUGAAUGAUGGAUACUGUAAA